AUGGUCCUCCACAUCACCCCUUACUCCAGUGCCUGUCUGCACUUCCUGGAUGGCUUGUCGUGGAGCCUGGUGUUUCCCUGCUACUGGUUCCUGGACCGGCUCCUGGGCUCCUGCGUGGCCACUUCCCUGGAGAAGCGCCAACGCUCCCGGGACCCCUGCUCCUUCCUGACCCUGUGUGUCCUGAUUUCUGCACCUCUUUAUCUGCUGCUCUUCCUUGCAUCCCUUCCUUUUGCCCUGCUGGGGUUCAUCAUUUGGGCUCCCCUGCAAGCUGUUCGCCAGCCGUACUUGUACACUUACUGCAGACCAGACAAGAACCUGGCAGAGCAGGGUCAGGCUGGACACACAGGGCUUGGAGAAUGGAGGCCACAAGGCAGAAGCUUCUGCUUCUGCAGUGCCAAUGUCUGCCUCCUGCCAGACUCCCUGGCCAGGUUCAACAACCUGUCGGACACACAAAGAAGAGCUCGUGAGGUGGGUAAGAGAAUUCGCAACGGAGCCAGUCGACCCCAGAUUAAAAUCUACAUUGACUCACCGACCAACACCUCCAUCAGUGCGGCGUCAUUCAGCAGUCUAGCUACAGGUUUCCGCCGCACUUCCUCUCUGGAUCAGCGUCCAGAGCAAACACACACCACCAAUGGCCCGGCCGAAACAGAAACUGAACCCGUCACUGAGUGCCCAGUUCAUCCCCCAGGAGCCACCGACUGCCCUGUUCACCCCCCUACAGGAGAGCAGGGCUUCACUGAUUGCCCUGUUCACCAUGAUGCAUCAGACACCACAGCAGACUGUCCCCUUCACUCCACAGAGACCAACAGCAGCUCAGACUGUCCUGUUCAGACCUCAGGGGAACCUGCAGACUGCCCCAUGCAUUCCACUGGAGGUCAAAGUGGCUCUGGCCAUCAUGACUGCCCCAUGCAUGGAGAAGGGAUGCAGCAAAAAAAUCCUACAGACUGCCCACUUCACACCUCAGGGGUUCAAAUCAGCAUCAGUGCUCCAGAACCAGAAGCCCAGGAGGAGGAGGCUGAGACUGGUAAUCACAGAGAGAUGGCUGGAGGAGACAUGGGCAUGACUGCUUCUCGGGAGUCCCUCACUCGUUACCACUGUGGUGACAUCACUGUAGGGAUAUCCUCCAAUAAUACUCUCUCUCAUGUCCCACGCACUUCUAUCUUCAAGCGUCCAGGACGGAAACGUCGUCAUGGAGAUGAGACAUUUGACCAUGAGAUCUCUGCCUUUUUCCCUGCCAACCUGGAUUUUCUUGCUCUACAGGAAGUAUUUGACCAUGGAUCGACAACAAGACUGCGGCGGCAGCUGCACCGCUACUUCCCUUAUGUGCUUAGUGAUGUUGGGCGGUAUGGCUGGAAAGGCUGCUGUUCCAGGUUCAAAUUCUUGAACAGCGGCCUAAUGCUGGCCAGUCGCUACCCAAUCUUGGACGCACGGUUUGAGUGCUACCCCAACGGGAGAGGAGAGGAUGCUUUGGCAGCCAAAGGGGCACUGUUUGCCAAGGUUCAUGUGGGCACCUCCCAUCAGGAGCAAAGAGUUGUGGGAUACCUCGCGUGCACACACCUCCACGCUAUAGAAGGCGAUGCAUCAGUCCGCUGCGAGCAGCUGGACCUUUUGCUCCAGUGGGGGGCCGAGUUUCGUCAAUCUUCAUCCCAAUCACCUGAAGGAGAGAAGGUUCUGGAAGACCUGGUGGCCUUCGAUGUCAUCCUGGGAGACCUGAACUUUGACAACUGUUCUUCAGAGGACAAACUGGAGCAGCAGCAUGCACUUUUUACUCAAUACAAGGACCCGUGUCGCCUGGGGCCAGGGGAGGACAAACCAUGGGCUCUGGGCACUCUGCUGGAUCCCAGUGGCCUUUAUGACGAAGAUGUCAGCUCAGCUGAGAGUUUACAAAAAGUGAUGGAGAAUGAGGAUGGGAGGAAGGAAUACCUGGUGUUUCCUCCUAGUAAGAACCAUUGUCCUGCCAGUGGUCAGAAGGGGAGGAAGAUCCCACUGAAGGGAAACGGACGGCGGAUCGAUUACAUCCUCUACAGUGACGAGAGCCUUCAGCAGGACUGGAAACUGGAAAUUGAAGACUUCAGCUUUGUGACCCAGUUGGCCGGCCUCACUGACCACCUGUCUGUAGCCAUGCGCCUGGCUGUUUCCACCGGAGAAGAGGAGCCUUAGAUCGACCGCCUGAGCUUUCAUCUCGAAAUACUGCCAUGGCGGAGCGAACGGGAAGAAGACAAGACCUUACGAGUUUACAGAUACAGAGCAGCGUGAAGAAAUGAUUGAGGGGACGGCAAGUAGACGGAUGAAUCAGUGGGAGAGCGUUCAGAGAAGUGGAGAAGAAAAAGGAAGAGUGAAAGACUCUGACAGGGAGAGAUAAGCUGGGGAAUUCAGAUUAGGAAGUCUGAGAUAUUCAUCUUCCUGGGUAAAUGACCCACACAAACACACUCUAAAUACUGCAUCAGCCACAAGAGAGUGGC